CGAGACAGUCCCAGUAGGCCUAUAUUUUAAGUCUUUGGAGAGGAGCAAUAGCAGAAACGGUUUUCUGAUUUCAAGUAAAUGCAGUUUUUUUCUGUUCAUUUCAAUUUAUCAAUCAAUCAAUCAAUUAAUAAACACUGAAAGACCAGUACCUCCUUGCAGACUCACAGCACUGUCGUCCAUCGGUCAUCAUGAAUCUAAUAACCGCAUUUCUGCUAAUGAUUCUAACAGGACAUAGCACAUCUGAAUAUAUGCAGAAACUCAUCUGCUCCUAUGAGAACAAGAAUAUAUCUCUUAACAGGCCCAGGGUGUGGUGCAAAAGAGAUGCUAAGGAUGAAAACUGCUGUACGGGCUUCUCUUUCCAUCCAGGUGUCAACGCUUUGGACCAAGGCAACAUAGCUGUGGAGGAUGAUGGAAAGUCCUUCACCGUCUCAGUAAAGACACUCACCCAAGGGGAUGGAGUCUACUGGUGUGGGUUCAUGACUGAAGGCAACUUCAUCGUUAAACUGGCCGAGGAUUACUUUACCAACACUCAAUUUAACUUUGUUUGGUCCAUCCUCCGCUGGAUUUUAUUUAUUUUGCUCCUUUUGACGAUCAUUUCAACUCGCAUUUAUUCAAACCGAAAACAUGGAGAUACAAAGACAACAUAACACAUUACAUGAUGUCACAUGCCAAAGAAAAGCAGUGGAAGAAUGAGGCCGUCACCUUUACUGAAGAAUAAACAAAAUAUUGUUUAACUUAAGCCUCCAUUGAGUGUAAAUGUAGUUUCUGUUGUUGUAAUUCCUUAUAAUUGUUUUUUUCUUUUAAAUACAAAAAGGUUCACAGUGACAAUAGCAGCAUGACAAUAUAAUGUUUCAUUUGUUAUGUAAAUAAAUUUACAAUUUGGUGUUUAUAAAUAACCUUAUUGUUAUUGCAUGUGUCAUUCAAUGUUUAUCUUAUAGGGAUACAUAUAUAUAUAUAUAUAUAUAUAUACACACACACACACACGUGUAUGUUUUCUUCCUUUAAAUAAUAUGCCUGAACUGAUCAAAUUUUAUUUAUAUAAAAAACAACAAAUGUCAAUGUAACAAAGCAUCAAUGAACACAAUUCAACACAAUUUUGAUGUAAGGAUGCAUAUAUAACAACCAUUUCAUUGUUUUAAUCACUGCACACACUGUAUCAGACUUGAAGCUAAAAUGAAGUUGAACAUUGUCUGCC